GUUCUUUCGCUAUCCGCUUCUGCUAUCGCUCGCUUUGUUUACCACUUGGUGAUAACCCUUGGCAAUCAUCUAGAUCUUCUUGUUACCUGCAGUAGUGCGAGGAGACUAACGUAUACAGCAUGUAAAAGCUGGUAAUUUUGUAUAUAGAGGUUAUGGAACCAACGAACAGAGCAAAAAUAUUGCCUAUAAAUCUUCAAGAUUAAAUAUAUGAACAAUAGAAGUUUAUCAAUUCCUGCUUGUCAGCCAAUAUGCUUUGGGUUAAAUAUAUGCAGUUAACGCUCUACUUUUCAACAAGGCUUACCAUCUCAUCCAUUCAGAUGUUGUGAAGAACAGUUAUAUAUGCAAAGAAAGCAAGCAGUUCUCUGAAAAAUUAAAAAUAUAUAUAUUCUAUUGAUUUUUGUAAAAUAUAUAUAAUGCACAAUAUCAGCAUAUCUAAUAGAUGGUUCUGCUUAACUUAAUACGUACUUAUGUUUUAUCAUGAUGAAAACUUUUAAUCCGAUCUAACUUGUGUUGCAGAAGAUUUUCUAAAACGCAUGCUUUAGCGAGGCAUAUACGAACACCUGUGAAAGAAAAGCCUAUCCGAGGGUCAUAGAAUUUAAAAUAUUUUCUAACCAAAGGACUCAUAUUUGGAAUAUAUGCAAGUUUACGAAAGAAUUCUGAAAAAUGUGUAGUAAAAUCUUUUCUACGCAGGAAUAUAUAAUACCACAAAUCUCGACGCAUGUUAAAGAGAAACAAUUUGUUUGUAAUGUGUGCGAUAAAAUAUUUUCUCACAAAGGAAAUUUAAAGACACAUUUAAUGACGCAUACGAAAGAGAAACCGUAUGUUUGUGUUUGCAAUAAAGCGUUUUCUUUACUGGGAAAUUUAAAGACUCAUUUCCGAACGCAUACGAAAGAGAAACCGCAUGUUUGUGAGAUUUGCAGUAAAGCGUUUUCUGAGCUAGGAAGUUUAAUGAGACAUUUAAGGACGCAUACCAAAGAGAAACCGUAUGUUUGUGAAUUUUGCAGUAAAACAUUUUCUGUGCCGGGAAAUUUAAAGACACAUUUACUGACUCAUACGAAAGAGAAACCAUAUAUUUGUGAGAUAUGCAAUAAAGCGUUUUCUCUACGGGGACAUUUAAAUAUACAUUUAAAGACGCAUACCAAUGAGAAACCGUAUGUUUGUGAGGUUUGCAAUAAAGCGUUUGCUCUACGAAGACAUUUAAAGAGACAUAUGAAGACGCAUACGAAAGAGAAACCGUAUGUUUGUGAGGUUUGCAGUAAAGCAUUUUCUGAGCUAACAAUUUUAAAGAAUCAUCUUAGCACGCAUACCAAUGAGAAACCGUAUGUUUGUGAGGUUUGCAAUAAAGCGUUUUCUCUACGAGAGCAUUUAAAGAGACAUAUGAAGACGCAUACGAAAGAGAAACCGUAUGUUUGUGAAGUUUGCAGUAAAGCGUUUUCUGAGCCAGGAAGUUUAAAGAGACAUUUAAGGACGCAUACCAAAGAGAAACCGUAUGUUUGUGAGUUAUGCAGUAAAACGUUUUCUGAGCUAGGAAGUUUAAAGACACAUUUGCUGACUCAUACGGAAGGGAAACCAUAUAUUUGUGAGAUAUGCAAUAAAGCGUUUUCUUUACGAGGAUAUUUAAAGACGCAUACAAAAGAUAAUCUGAAUGCUUGUAAUGUGUGCGAUAAAGUAUUUUCUCAUAAAGGAAAUUUAAAGAGACAUUUAAGAACGCAUACCACAGAGAAACCAUAUAUUUGUGAGGUUUGCAGUAAAACGUUUUCUGAGCCAGGGAGUUUUAAAGAGACAUUUAAGGAUGCAUACCAAAGAGAAACCGUAUGUUUGUGAGACCUGCAGUAAAGCGUUUACUUAGAAAAGAAGUUUAAAAAUUCAUUUAUUGACGCAUACGAAAGAGAAACCAUAUAUUUGUGAUGUUUGCAAUAAAGUGUUUUCUCUACGGGAAUAUUUAAAGACAUUUACUGACGUAUACGAAAGAGAAACCAUAUGUUUGUGAGACUUGCUGUAAAGGGUUUUCUCAUAGAGUAAAUUUAAAGAAACAUUUGUUGACGCAUACGAAAGAGGAACCGCACUUUUGAAACUUAUGCAAUAAAAUUUUUUCUGGUGAAAACGUUUUAUAUUAAUAUUUUCUGACGCUUGCGAAACUAAAACUUCUGUGUGUAAUAAAGCAUUUACUGCAAGAGUAAAUUUGCAGUUCCAUUUACGAACCGAUUCUAAAGAGUGGCUGUAGUGUUUAUUGGUUGAAACAUUAUAAGGAGAUGGAGAAAUUUAUUGACGCAUUCAAAAGUAAACUCGCAUGGUUGUAAGGUGUGCAACAAAACGUUUUCUCUGCGAGGAAAUAUGAAAGUGCGUUUAUAGGUUCAUACGAAAUGAAAAUAAGAGCAAUAAAGCCUAUUCUAAAUCGGUAAGUUUAAAGCCAUAUUUAAUUACGCAUGCAAGGAAACCCCGCAUGUUUGCUAUGCAUGAGGCCAUUUGAUGUUGCACUUACUGACACAUACGAAAGAGAAAUCUUAUAUAUGUGUUUGGAUUUUGGCCAUAAUAUUUAAUUCAAUGACGGCGUAAAAAAAUAACAUAUUUAUUUAAAGGAAACAUUAAGAAUUUUUUUACCGGUUAAUCUAAUACAUAUAUUAAUCUCAGAAAAACAAAAGAAAAUGCAGUUGGCUCGUGCAUCACAUGAUUAAUUUGCGUGCACGAGAAUGCAGCUUAAACUGCGAUGCCAUCUUGAUGAAAGCAGAAUCAUCACAGUACUCCCAUAAAAUCUAUGAGUGCCCCGCCCCCCUCUCUUAGUAUAGCAGCCCUCUAAUCUCGUUACCUCUAAUUCCAGUGGUUCUAAUCGACGGCAAGAUCUGGUUACAUAAGGUGGUAGAGUAGAAUUCGUAGAGAACUCAAGAGUCAACGGAGAAGGCUGAAGUACUGAUUGCUUUCAAGAUGGAAUUGCAGCUGAUGGUGGCGAUACGAUUGGUGCAGAUGACUAAGAAUUUUCGAAGAACACAUGCUUCACAUGAUCAAUGCCGAACGUAGAUUCUUUGCCGUUCUGCUCAGUUGUGAAGGUUUUAUUAGUACGUCUGAGUACACAGUAAGAGCCAUCAUACGGUGCUUACAGGGGUUUCUUAAUGUCGUCGUGGCGCACGAACUCAUGAAUACAAGACUCUAAAACGUGAUGUUUGAACACUUUUUUUUUUUUUAUUAUCAUUAGAUGCAACUGAUGCAAGUUUCAGUUGCCCCAUCGCAGUUCGUAAGUUUUGUAAAAAUCCAUGAAGUUCAACGUUAAGGGAAAUGGUCGCAGAAGUUCCGCAGAUCAUUUCAAGAAAGGGUUACACGAAUCCUGCUGAUGCGCACCGCAGAUCUUCCUUUAAUGCCCUUCUGAGUGCAAGUAAAACUAGUGGAAUUUAUUCAAUCCGUUUCGCGGGUGCCAUAGAUCUGAGACUUUGUUUUAAAGAACGAUGAAAUCGCUUUAUUAAUUAUUUAUUACAAUUAUUUGCAACUGAUCUCGAGAAAUUUCGUUGCAGAUAUUAAAAAGAAAUUAUAUAUAUGACAUUUUUUUGAAGAUUUUCUAUAGUCAUUAUUGAUUACGAGUUUAAUGAAGCACACAUAACACCACUUCAUGUCCCUGCAAUUAUAACCUACUGAUUAUUAUUUAAAUAGUGUUUAGUUUAGUUAUAUUAACGUCCCGUUUAAAGCAAUACUAGGGCUAUUUUGGGACGGACCUCGUAAUUUUGAACCUCGGUCAGAUGAUGAGGACGACACGUGAGCUGACACCCCCCUCUCCACACCAGCGGGAGGACAUUUCGUCAUGACGGAAAAACAGAAACACAUACAGUUUGUAAUUACAAAGUUCAGAAAAAAAAUAAUAAAAGUAAUAAAAUAAGUAAAAAUAAAAAAUUAUAAAACUUUUAACAAAAAAAAAAUGCUAAAAAUAAGGACAGAAAAUAAAAUAAAAAAAAGAACAGGCAAAAAAAAAAAA